CUUCCUUCCUUCCUCCCUCCCUCCCUCCUCCGGGUUACGUCAAAGGAAAAACGAGGAGAAACGAUCGAUCUCUCCGCCGGGGAUUCUUCUUCUUCUUCUUCUUUCCGCGGAUUUGGCGGGGAUUCGUAUCGGGGCGAUUCGGAUUGGCGAGAAUCCGGCUGUUAAAUGUUGAUAAGCGAGCCUCGCGCGGCGAAAGUAAGAUUCCGAGUAUUGUUUUAGUGUGAGCUGCUGCGGCGGUGAUCGAGUUUGGAUGGACAAUCUUCUGAUUGCUGCUGAUGCGAUGGACGAAGGCUCGGACAUCGAAGUCGAUGAUAUAAGGUGCGAUAACAUUGCGGAGAAGGAUGUUAGCGACGAAGAAAUUGAAGCCGAGGAACUCGAGAAACGAAUGUGGAAGGACCGUAUCAAACUCAAAAGGAUUAAGGAAGGACAGAAGAUUGCAGCACAACGAGCAGCAGAAAGGCAAAAAAACAAGCAAACAUCCGAUCAGGCUCGGAGGAAGAAAAUGUCUAGAGCUCAAGAUGGGAUUCUCAAGUAUAUGCUGAAGCUGAUGGAAGUGUGCAAAGCACGGGGUUUCGUCUAUGGGAUUAUUCCAGAGAAGGGUAAACCAGUGAGCGGUGCUUCUGAUAACAUAAGGGCUUGGUGGAAAGAAAAGGUAAAGUUUGAUAAGAAUGGGCCAGCGGCCAUAACCAAGUACGAAGCAGAUUGUUUAGCCAUGGGAGCGGCAGAUUCUAGUCGCAAGGGUAGUUCUCAGAGUGCCCUUCAGGAUCUACAAGAUGCAACUUUGGGUUCUUUAUUGUCUUCUUUGAUGCAGCAUUGCAAUCCCCCUCAGAGGAAGUAUCCUCUAGAGAAGGGAAUUCCGCCGCCUUGGUGGCCAACUGGUAAUGAGGAUUGGUGGAUAAAGUUAGGGCUACCGCAGGGUCAGAGUCCUCCAUAUAAGAAACCACAUGACCUAAAGAAGAUGUGGAAAGUUGGCGUGUUGACUGCCGUCAUAAAGCACAUGUCACCUGAUAUUGCAAAGAUAAGAAAGCACGUUCGCCAGUCCAAGUGCUUGCAGGACAAGAUGACAGCAAAAGAGAGCGCCAUUUGGUUGAGCGUUUUGAGUCGAGAGGAGUCUGUUAUUGAGCAACCUAGUAGUGAUAAUGGGACGUCGGGAAUAACUAAGUCUCCACCUAGCACUCGUAAUGAGAAGAAGCAACCCGCAGCGAGCAGUGAUAGUGACUAUGACGUUGAUGACGUUGAUGGUGGUGGUGGUUGUGUCUCAUCUAAAGAAACUCGGAAAAAUAAGAUGGUUAAUACUGUGGCGAUUGGUGACCAUCAGAAUAACACUCAAACAAGUGACCAAGAUAAAGAGCAUCGGGAGAAGACACGCAAAAGGAAAAGACCGCGUACUAAAUCGAGUUCUGCGGAUCCGCAUCCUCCUCCACCCAUCAAUGACCAUCCGGGUUAUGAGCAGGGGGACAGUUUUCCUGAUAUGAAUCACGGCCACAUUGAUGUGCAGCCUCUUGGAUAUCAAGUUCAUGGCAUGCAACAGGAAAAUGCUGCAAUUCCGGAUAUGAGCCCCUCAAAGAAAGAUCUCAAUCUCGAGGGACAAUCACAGUUACAACCACUUGAGUUUGAUCAUUUCUCUUCCCUCCCUUCGACAGAUGUAAUGUCAACACAGAGCAUGCUGGUGGGUGGAAAGCCCUUGCUUCAUCCUUUGAUGCAAAAUGCUUCACAUGCAACAGCCGCUUAUAAUUACUAUGGCACAACACCAUCAUAUGGCCCUGAUCUCAGUGGGCAGCAGACUCAGAUAGGAACAAUCGAACCUCAGAUUAGACCAGAGGACGUUGGAACUCAUGUCCCAGCACCUUAUAAAACUGGAAAUGACAUUCCGAGAGCGGACUUGCAUCAUUUGGGGAAAGAAGCGUUUCCAACUGAUAAAGAUGUACCUUUUGACUGUAACUUUGGCUCCCCACUUCCAUUGGAUUUCGGCAUACAAAACAGCCCUUUCCCUUCAUUUGAGGACAUGGCUUCGUGGGACGAUUGUCACAAUCUGGAGUUUGAAGAUGAUCUUAUCAAAUACUUUGCGGCAUAGAUUGUGGAUAUCAUUACCAUUGACAGUAGAUUGAAUUGCAGAAAGCUGCCAUUAUAUACUGACUUGGGAAGGCCAUGUCUUGCUAAUCAUUGGAGGUUCUGGUAAUUGUUAGCGCAGGUUCCGGAAUUUGUAUAUUGUUAGGUUGUAAGUUAAAAAGACAAAUUCAAGUCAGUUGCUCCAAAAUAAAAGGAAAAUGUUGGGUUUUUUUUUUUUGGGGUUCCGACUCUAUUGAGGAGUUUAUGCAGAUGACUCAAAAUUAUGGACCGGCUACAUGACAUAUCCGAUGAUUAAGGAUUAGCUUGUUCA